UGGACAGACUCGCUGUGCGCUGGCUGGCCGGCAGGCAGGCAGGCAGGCAGGCAGGCAGUCGACGGCAACGGUAACGGUGAGCUGCCUCUGAAGUGAAAAGAGGCGGUAUACGGUGAAAGUGAAAGGAGGGCUUCAUAACUGUGAAAAGCACCGAGCAGGCAGUCCCCAUACAGACAGACAACAUAGGGAGAGAGGCCCCAGGUCUUGCUUCAAGGCAGCAGCAGUUCAGCAGACACAGCCAUGGCUAACAUCGCGGUCCAAAGGAUCAAGCGGGAGUUCAAAGAAGUUCUCAAAAGCGAAGAGACAAGUAAAAACCAGAUAAAAGUAGAGUUGGUGGAUGAGAACUUCACAGAGCUGAGGGGGGAGAUAGCAGGUCCUCCAGAUACACCAUAUGAAGGUGGCCGAUAUCAGCUUGAAAUAAAAAUCCCAGAAACCUACCCUUUUAACCCGCCAAAGGUACGUUUCAUCACUAAGAUCUGGCACCCCAAUAUCAGUUCUGUGACAGGAGCGAUAUGUCUGGACAUUUUAAAAGACCAAUGGGCAGCUGCUAUGACCCUGCGGACGGUGCUGUUGUCUCUACAGGCUCUCCUUGCUGCAGCAGAACCGGAUGAUCCACAGGAUGCCGUAGUAGCAAACCAGUAUAAGCAGAACCCAGAAAUGUUCAAACAGACUGCAAGGCUGUGGUCUCACGUCUACGCAGGCGCUCCUGUCUCCAGUCUCGACUACACACGCAAAAUAGACAAACUCUGUGCCAUGGGCUUUGAUAAGAAUGCAGUAAUAGCAGCCUUGUCUUCAAAAUCCUGGGAUGUGGAAACGGCGACAGAGCUGCUCCUCAGCAACUGAAACCCAGCCAGGUGUGAGGACCCCAGACUCCCUUCAUCAUAACAUCACGUCCUCCCCCGGCACCAUUGCCUUUUGUUACGCAGACAACAGCCCGUUCACCACAGCAGUCUGAGCCUUCUUUUAUAACAAGUUUGUUCGCUACAAACACCGGUAGCACCACAAUCGCCAAUAUGCACACCACCCUGUUGCCUGUCUGACCCCAUCUGUCCAUUAUGCUUUUCUGCCACUGACUCAAAAUGUUUUUCUUAAAGCCACCAAAAACCUUCAGUCAUGCAUCUUGUCUUCCAUGCCCUUUAAUCAUAUUGACUCUUUGUUCCUUCAAGUAACUGCCAUUGCCUGGUGGAUUUUCCAGGGUAAAAUGUAAAGGAAAUCCUGCAUACUGCUCUCACAGUACAUCACCAUUUACUCCCUUCAGCAACCAGUUGGACCUCAUGUCAGAUUAUUCUCUUUUAUGGACAUUUAAUGCUAUAAAGGUCUAGCUGGACUAAAUUAACUUGACUGGAUAGUGUUCUGCUGGAGCAGUGUAUUGGAUUUUUUCGAACAGUUUAUCAUAGAUGCUUCAAUCAUCUGCAGAGGUUUGGAUGUACAAGUUAUUUUUUUCUGUCUGUAGACUUAGAAAAGAUCACACAGACAUCGUCAAACAUCUGCACAGUAGGGGAAAAAAAGUUAUCUGUAAAUAGAUGCGUGUAAAUUUGAAAAUACAAUGGGGAUAUACUUUUUUUUUCUUACAUGGCAUUGUAAAACAAAUUAUUUUAAAUAUAAACUAUGCCUAGUUUACAGUUAUAUGGAGAGAGAUCUUUUUAUGCUUUUGUGAUCCACAGGAACCCUUUGAAUGUCCUGCUGUUUUUUUUUUUCUUUUUCUUACAAAUAUUUAGGGGUGGCACAGCCAAAAUCCUGGCCCUAAUGGCAUAGGAGGGUGACAGCCAGCCAGCCCCUGAAGGUCAUUACAUGGCACCCUUUUUCUGCUACACCACAAUCCAACCUUGUCAUGUGUCCUUUAUUAUCCUUGCAUGUUCUCUGCUGCCUUUAUUUUAUUUGGCCAAAUUAUGUGGUGACGGAUCAAUUUAACAGACUUGUGGAACUUGCAAGACUCUUUUUUAACUGUGGAAAGAGACACCUGGAGCCGCUGCUCGGCAAGCCACUUGAGCACACCCAGUUUGACUUUAUUUGUAGGGAACCAAAAGCUUUUCUGUUGAUUUGACGAGCAUGUUGCUGGAAAAUGUUCUCUUCUGGCACCAACAUGAAACGCACCUCAAGAAGAAACGAGUGAUUCUGAAUGUCAUUAAGGAUUUGAGUUUGCAGUGCUGUGGUUUUGUUUUUUUAAGUCAUUUCAGAGCAAUCUGAUUCAACCAUAGGCAAGUUGUUCUCUGCCACGGAUUAAGGAUCUGCUCACCCUCUGUCCUGAUGUUGAUCAUUAAGAGGGGGAGCUUCAUCACUAAUCACUGAUCCAAUCCAGCAGUACUCAAUCAAAACUUUGGCCAUAUAGAGGGGUAUAGGUGAUGUCCUAUAUUCCCAAACAUGCUUUACUACACAGCCAAAUAAAAUGCUCAUUGAGGUUGUCUUUGAAUAAUGUCUUAUGAGUAGUAAAAGAGGCUGGAACUCCUCUGUUAUUCUAUGAAGCAGAUUGCAGGCCUGCACAGUGUUUUCACACAUUUUGAUUUGAGGUACAUGAACUGUAAAGGAAUGCUUAGCAUAUAGACUAGUGGGGUGUUGAUGAAUCCUCACACAUGGCCUUUUUUGUUUAAAAAAAAAAAAAAAAACUAUCUACUUUUUGCUUGCCCUCCAGCUCAGCCCCUACCACCACAGUGUCAUAUUACAGUACUACAGUCUCUCCACUGACAGUAUAAACAGUUUCCAGCCAGAGCCAAAAAAAGUUAAUAGUCAGGGAGACGAAUGCACACACCAUGUUCUUUACUUGUAAAUAGUCAGGUUCUUGAUAAAGAGCUGUCUCGUUAUCUCUAGAGUGCACCAUUGAUGGCUGGAUCUAUAUUUUGUAAGAAAAAGAAAGGACAAAAAAGGAAAAGAGGACCCCUUCUCCCCGUCUUCCCGGUGUUCUCACUAUGUACAAUAUUGCACGAAGACAAAGCAUAAAAAAGGGGGCUGUUGCAUCUCAGUUUCUCCAUUUGGAUUGAGACUUUUUUUUGUUUCCUUGGAAGCAAGCAUCAGCAGUAUAACAAGCAUGAUUAUUUAUUGUGACAGUGUCAUGUUUCUUUGAUUAAAAAAAAAAGUGGAAACCCAA